CCCCACUGUCCCUGCAUGCUGCGCUCGCCCGGCCCAGGGAUGCCUUCGCCGGGCUCUGGCGCCCCCGCUGCCACUCCCAGCCCCUCGCCCGGUCGCCUCCGGGCCGCCGGCUUUGUUGGAGCGGAGGCACAGAGACCGAUGUUGCCAGAGCAAUUGAAUUACUGGAAAAACUACAGGAAUCUGGAGAAGUACCAGUGCACAAGCUACAAUCCCUCAAAAAAGUGCUUCAGAGUGAGUUUUGUACUGCUAUUCGAGAGGUGUAUCAAUACAUGCAUGAAACGAUCACUGUUAAUGGCUGUCCUGAAUUCCGUGCCAGGGCCACAGCAAAGAGCGUGGAAGGGGAGCACCACGAGAAAGCGGUGGAGCUGCUCAAGGCUGCUAAAGACAGCGUCAAGCUGGUGGUCCGCUACACCCCCAAAGUCCUGGAAGAAAUGGAGGCGCGCUUCGAGAAGCUCCGCACGGCCCGGCGCCGGCAGCAGCAGCAGCUGCUCAUUCAGCAGCAGCAACAGCAGCAGCAGCAGCAAACACAGCAGAACCACAUGUCCUAGGUCCUUAAAGAGAAGCUACCUGAUUGAAGAUCUGAUAGUCACAAAUUCGAAACCGGGCUUCCGAAUCCCAGCACAUAGUAAAAGGAAGAGACCACAUUGAUAAUUAUACCUGUCAAGAAGCUGUGAACACGUGGUGUAUGAAUUCUUUACCAAGGCGACUCGACACCGUCUUUGGGGCUGAAUCCCACUGCUCACGCACUCUUUACACACACAGACCUUCCAUUCGCUGCAGUGGGAAUUCUCAGUGUGUAAAGGGAGAGGCUUUCCAGUCUGCAGACUGAAGUAGUACAAGAAGAAUCAAGUCCAUGACUUUCAGAUAAAUCACCAGGCCAAGACAAAGUGAAUCUUUGGUCUAUAGCUUUUCCAGAGAUGAACGAAACCCUCAUUAGGCUAUAUUUCAAACUGUAUCAGUUCAAGGUUGUUAUCACUUACAAGAAACCUACGCAGGGUACCCAUACCCUGACCUUGUCCACAUCCAUAUUGCUGAAUUGUCCGAAAUAGAAUUCCAGUUAAUUGCAAAUUUAGCAUUUAUCCAUCCCCCUCUUCAAAAUGGCAAGUUGUGCUAUUGAUACUCUCUUCAGGUUCUAGAAGCAACUGGCUUUUUAUUUUCUGUCUGCAUGAAUUUAAUUAUGCAUUAAUGGAGUGCAACAAUUUUUGCCCAACUUUUGGUUUGCUAGAGGCAAGGGAAGAGAACUCUCAUAGGGUAUUUUUUUUUUAAUUUAAGUAUUGCUUUUAUCUAUGAUUAUUAAUUCUAACAGAAUAUAAUGUAUAUUUAUUCCACACAAUAUAUAUUAUCAGAGUGUAUUUGCUACAAACUGAGGUCUUCUCUUACCAAAUGUUACACAUCUGGUAAGAGAACACUAGCAACAGACCUAGCUUUUGGUUAAGUUUUAUAUUUUUUGAUUGAUAAACUCUGGAGAAAUCUAAACUCUUUCUACCUACACCGAUACGUCGUUAUAGAAAUUUGUUUAAUAUUUUAAAGUUGAGAGCUUUACAAAGCUCAAUUAUGAUAUGUGUUCAUAUAUAUAUAUAUAUAUA